UUUUCACAAUCUCUCUCUCUCUCUCUUAUUAAUUAUUAUCAUUUCUAUAAGUCUCAACUCACAAGCUAAGUUGCUAUUGAGUUCUUUUCCUUCCUUCCUCUGCUGCAUUAGCUAGCUUCCAAGUUAGAGAGACAGAGAUCUAAUGGAUUAUGAGAGGAUAGAGAAAGUUCAGACUGGAAUAAUUUCUCCCAGUAAACUGAGGAUGAAGUUUAUAGGGCCAAACUAUCAUAAGAAGAAGGAUGGAUCCAACACUAACUCAUCUAGAACCUCCCCUUCAAGGCUUGAAGAUGCUGAAUUUGUGAAUAGCUUACUCUCCUCAAAAAAUGACAACCUUGAUGAUGAAGUUACAUCUCCAAGCUUAGAAGUUCUGUCAUUAAAGCUAUCCAGUGAUUUGGACCGGAGACAGAGUGACCAGGCUUCUUAUGAACCAAAGGAGACAAUGCCUAGGGAAAAUGGUGACAUGGGACGUGUAAAGAUGCAGCAUUUUCAGAAGGUUGACAGUGGAAGUUCAAGCACAAUUCACCCGGUGAGAACAACAGAAGAUGAAAAUCUUGAUUAUGACAGCAAUGCUAGCUCAUCUAGUUUCGAGUUUGAUAAAGGAGAGAGACCAGUGAACAAUCCUGCAACAAGAUCCCUAUUGAGACCUAUUCCUUCUAAGUGGAAUGAUGCUGAAAAAUGGAUAAUGAAUAGGCAAAAUAUACAAGUUGGUUACUUAAAAAAGAAUACUGCACAUAACCAAGCAAAUCGCUUGCCAACAACAAGUAUGGUGAGGGUUGCUCCAGAGUUUGGUAAUUAUGAUCAUAAGCUCCUAACAGCCAAGGUGACAGAAACAAAGCGAGUUGAUUUCUGUCAACCAACAUCUCAUAUGGGGUUUGAGAAAUUUGCUUUUGAUCCAUCCGAGGCUCAUUCAGUUUCAGGUCAAGCACAUGGAAGAAUUCCAGUAGUGGAGUCUUUUCCCCAAAGCAAAGAUCUAAAGGAAGUAAAAGAAUUGGACUUAUCUUGCUCAAGAAGUAUAGAUGAUCAGACAGGGAUUCCUGGGAUAAGAUCUGUUGCCAUGAGAGAUAUGGGAACUGAAAUGACUCCUGUGCCAAGUCAAGAACCUUCAAGGACUGCUACUCCUGUUGGGUCAGCAACUCCACUACGUAGCCCAACUUCCUCAAUGCCUUCAACUCCUAGGAGAGGUGAACCUGCUCCAACACCUUUGGAAAACGCAACCGACGAGGAUUCACAGUUUCCAGUUGAAAACAGCAAAAAAAAGUUGUCUGAAGAAGAAAUGAAGAUCAAGACAAGGAGAGAGAUUGCAGCCCUUGGUGCUCAGCUUGGUAAGAUGAAUAUUGCUGCAUGGGCAAGCAAAGAUGAUCAUGAGAAGAAAAAACCUUCUGCUUGUGACACAAAUGCGCAAGAACAGGAGAGAAUUGAAUUUGAAAAACGUGCUGCUUUGUGGGAGGAAGCUGAAAAAUCUAAACAUACUGCUAGAUUUAAGCGUGAGGAAAUCAAAAUUCAGGCAUGGGAAAGUCAGCAAAAAGCAAAAUUAGAAGCAGAAAUGAGAAGAAUUGAGGCCAAAGUUGAGCAAAUGAGAGCUCAGACACAUGCAAAGAUGGUGAAAAAGAUUGCUAUGGCGAGGCAAAGAUCAGAAGAAAAACGUGCAGCAGCUGAAGCUAGAAGAAAUCAAGAAGCAGAAAAAACUGUAGCUCAAGCAGAAUACAUACGCCAAACAGGACGAAUGCCCUCUUCCAAUUACAUUUGCUGUGGUUGGCUGUGAUAUAUACAUUAAAAGACAUUGCAAUUAGAAGAAAAUGCACCUCACUCCAAGAUUGCUCAUCUUAUACGUUACUGAAACCUUGAAAUUUUUCAAGCAACUUAAGUGCAAGUUGCUUACAUAAAUGCGAUUGCUG